AUGCAGCGCAUUGAAGCUGCAAUCGAAUGUGCUGUGAAGUCAAGACGAUAUGGUGCGCUUAUCACAGAAACUUUUGAUUUGGCUUUGGCUCAGGCUCAUUCUGCUGUCAGUAAAGGCCUGACUCCAUUUCCGAUUGUCGUAAAAGAUUGUUUCGCGGUUAAGGGUUAUCCCAUGACAUGUGCGUCCAGAAUGUUAGAGAAUUAUGUUCCACCCUAUACAGCAACUGUCGUGCAAAGACUGAUUGAUAAAGGAGGUUGUGUUAUUGGAAAGGCUAAUAUGGACGAAUUCUGCAUGGGUACAUCUAGCGUGCUCGGGCAUUUUGGACCCGUAAAAAGCGGGCUAACCGUAUGUUGUUUUUUGAAUUUUUUUUUUUUGAUCACUCAAGAUACGCAUAGUCUUGGCUCGGACACUGGUGGAUCUUCUAGAAAUCCUGCCGCAUUUAACGGGAUUUUUGGCCUAAAGCCAACCUAUGGAGUGUUGUCACGGCAUGGCCUAGUUCCCUUAGUACGAUAUCUUCAGUCUGUGCGUUUUGUAGCCACAUCAUUCCGUUUUGUGAACUCCUUAGAUGUACCCUCAAUACUGGCGAAAAGCGCCAAAUCUUGCUGGGAGUUCCUUGAGAAGAUGUCUGGAGGUGAUGGUAAUGAUGCAACAAGUACCGAUGCUUCUUUUUCUAAUGGCUGUUCUUCAAUUUCUGGGCUGCGUAUCGGGAUACCGAAGGAGUAUCACAAUGAGUUCCUUUCCGAUGACUCGUGGAAAGUGUGGAAUCACGCAGCGAACCUGUUGCAGCAGCAAGGUGCAGAAGUGGUUCAGGUCUCACUACCUCACACGAGAUAUUCAUUAGUUUGCUAUCAAGUGCUCUCGGCUGCUGACAUAGCUUCUAAUAUGGCUCGUUACGAUAGCAUUGAAUAUGGACACCGCUCAAAGAAUGAAAAGUCUACUUUUGAUUUGUAUGCUUCGUCGCGAAGUGAGGCUUUCAAUACAGUUGUUAAGCGAAGAAUUCUAGCUGGAAACUAUUUUCUUAUGCGAGAAGUCCGUAAAGACUUCUUUGACAAAGCACUGCGAGUACGAAGGAAGAUCGCUGGAGAAAUCUAUGAGACUUUGUCUUCAGUAGACCUUUUACUAACGCCAACAGCAACUGGACCUCCGCCAUUAUUUUCAAAGUUAAGACAAGGUUUCUAUAAGAGAGAAGACCAAGACGAUUUCUAUACUCAACCUACAAAUCUUGCAGGAGUACCCGCGAUCUCUGUUCCUUGUGGGAAAAGCAACCGUAAUCUUCCUGUUGGUGUUCAACUCAUUGGAGGUCUUAUGAAGGAUAAGCUUGUCUGCGAUGUUGCUCAGCUUCUAUAUGAUGCUGCUCAGGAUUCACAUUGA